AAGACGGCAGGCCUCUUGCUUCGCAUCCAUCUGUUCUCUCACCCUUCCUCCGGACAAUAACGAGCAGCGCGUGUGCUGAACCAGGGGCAUUUCACGUUGGUGUGUCGCGUGUUAAGAGUACCCAUCUCUUACCGGAUGUAACAGCUGCGAAGACAGUGAGGAAAAUUUGCUUCUACUGUAACGCUACUCCUGGGACUGCGGUUCAUUGAGCAGUGUAUUUCUGGCGGCCAACCCCUCUCUCUCUCUCUCUCUGCAGCAUAGUGUUAUCUUGCUCCCUUCCGUUCUGCUGAAAGUCUCGAACUCUUCCUCUGCUCUUUAUCUUGUUUUUGUCCCGCUUGGUAGAUUUUGCCGAGCCUUCGACGAUCUCAUGCUGCUGCUAGCCUGCUAGGCUGGUACAGGUAGGAGUCUCUUAAUCCGGACGAAAGGGGGGUUUUAUCCUGAGAAGCUGAUAGCUUGCCAGAUUCUGUGUUAUACCACAGGUCCACUGCCGUUGUUUGAUUGACCGAGUGGCACACCAGCACCAGCACAAGACCACGAUCCCCUUGUUGGUUGAGUUUCUCCGGCCACAGAUGGGCAGGCCUAGAGGAGGAAAGGCUAAAAAAUCCACUGAGGCAGCGAAAACCGAGGACGCCGGCAGCGGCGGCGAGGAGGCCGUGAUCUCAGCCUGCAAUAGGAGGGGGCGGCGAAGGCCCCAGAAGCACCUCAAGGUUGACACUGACGAGGAAGAGGACGACGUCAAGGUAGAGGAGGACAGUGACGGUGCCAAACCGACCGUGCCGAGCAAGGGCUCGGUUGAGAGUGGAGGGAAGAAGAGGAGGCGGCAACCGAAACGCGGCUGCGACUCCGUGGUGGAGGAGAAGGAUGAUGAGCACGUGAGGCAGAACGGGUUCCGGCAACUUGGGAGCCGGCGGAAGAGCACCCCGCGGCGAGCUGCCGAGGCAGGGGUGGAGUGCAAGUAGCGAGUGAGUUCCGAUGAGCUACGCGAGCAAUGGCAGAUUGUUUUUUUUUCUUUCUUUCUUGUCUAGUUGUCUUACUCGUUGUUGUAUAAAUCAAGUGUCCAGGAGCCUAUGGUGACUUCACUCCAUCAGAGCAUGAGCGUGCUAUGACUCGUGAGAAUGCUAAUGAUAAGCUGCCAAAUUACUAUCACAAGCUGGAAUUAGCAAGAUACACAAGCUGGUGUGCAGUAGAAGUUUCUGAACAAUCUAUUGACCCGUCAAGGGAUUGGGCUUGUGUAUUCCACACCUCUGCUUCUCUGGCUGUGCCAUUUCUUGUUCCCCAUCUAGCUUUCAGUCAAUUUUUGUAUCUGAA